AUGAAUAGGCGCGCUUCUACCCGGGGUGCGGGUGUUGUGGGGCUCGGCGGUGCACGCCCGCACGCGCAGGUGAGUGUUCGCAGGUGUCAGCACAGGGGUGGCCCCUCCUGCCACCCGCUUCCCCCGGGCUGUGCCUGGCCCCGCCCCUCCCCCGCAGCCCCGCCUCUCGGGCCGAGCCUCGGCCGCCGCCGCCGCGGGGGAGGGGAGCAAGAGGGGGAGAAGGGAGGCCUCCCCCGCGGUCCCUGCACGCUCCUUGGCGGCGGCCCCAUGGUCCCCGGCCCAAAGUCCCAUGGCGGGCGGCCGCCCCCGCGCGCGGCCGAGGUGGGGCGCCUCGUGUCCCCGCCCCGCGCCGCCGCGCUCCCCCGCGCCCGCUGGGGAUAUGGUACGUUCCAGUGGCCCCGCGCUCAGCCCCGCCGGGGGUGCUUUGGCUGCUGGGAGGAGGUAGCGGCGGCGGCGGCAGCAGCUGACAAGGGGCCGGGGAGCGGAGACCGCGGGCGCAGCAGCGAACCCAGAGCCGCACUCCCGCCGCCCCGGGCCACGGCCACGCUCGCGGCCACGGCCACGGCCGGCAGCAGCAGCGGCGGCGGCCUCGCCCCUCGCUGGCACCCGGCGGGCCCCCCGCGGUCUGGCAUGACUCUGUUCGGCAGCGAGGAAGCGUGUCGGAGAUAUUUAGACAUGGCCAGAGACCCCAAGGGGAGCCGGGCCCGGCCUGGCCAGAAGCGACAGCACAGCGCUACCCUCUAUCACAGUAACUGUGACCUGAACUAUGAGCUGUAUCGGGAAGACUUCCCCUACAGGGUCUACGAGUACCAGAGGAUCCCCCCGCUCAUCAACCGAGCACCCGUCAAGAGCCGGCGGACCCACAUGGGCACAGGGGGCAAGAGCGGCCUCAACCCCCACGUCCCCCCGCGGAGCAGCAACCCACCCCCCGUCCGGACAAAGUUGAGAGCCGAGGAACUGCACUCCAUCAAGGGGGAGCUGAGCCAGAUCAAAGCCCAGGUGGACAGUCUGCUCGAGAGCCUGGAGCGGAUGGACCAGCGGCGAGACCGGCUGGGAGGGCCCCAAGAUGGUGAGAAGAAGGCGGCCUCCGCCAGUGGGGCAUCCUCCAGCGCAGCUGCGGAGGCCCAUCGGGAGCCCAGGGGCCAGGAGAGCCCAGAGCCCAGAGCCCGCAAUAGGAGGGACGCCGACAGCGCCGAGGAGAGCACGGACACGGAGGAGGCGAUGAAAAACCACACGUCGGACCCUGAAGGGAGCCAGUAGGAGCCCCGGAGCCUUCCUGUGGCCUCCCCAGGAUCCGUGGCUUCCAUGUUUUGCACUACUAGCCUUCCUGUGAGCCCCUCCCUCCCAGUCCCUACAGGAUUCCAGACCCACAGUGGUGCGUGCAUGGGCAGUGUGGUUCUGUGGACGGCGCUUCUGCUCUGUAGAGGCUGCAGGCAGGCCCUUGGUCGCUGUUCCCCCGUUACUCCCCGCUCCCCCCUUCUGCCCUUUCAGAACAGGUGUAGUUCCUCCUUCUGUCCAGUUUCUAGCUCGUCUUCUUGCUGGUAUGAUACUGUGUCUGUAUUUCAAAUCUGCUCUGGAAGUGUGUUGUGUUGAAAGGAAAAAAUUAAAGUUUGUAUUUCUUUUCUCUGGUUAA